GUUUGGUGCAAAAGGGAGGCCGAUAAGUUUGAAAUUAAUCAGGUAAAUUAUGUAAUUGACGACCUCAAUUGAUAUAUGUUUUGGUCAAAUCUGCAAAUCUGAGUUUUAUGAAUAUACAUGGCUAGUCUGUGUUAUGAAGUUUUCCCGUAUUUAAUUUGUUUGUUUUACCCACCACGAUCGGGAUAGAGCAAUGUACUAUUGUGUCUCACUGGCUUCUAGAUAACAUAUGGAUUAUUGUAUUUAUUGGGUAUCAUUUAGCACAACUGGAGGCUUGGGAUUUGUUUUCCUAUACAGGGUUGUAAUUUAAUCGAUCGUAUAUAGAUAUAAUUACAAACAAUGCCGACGUCCAGUGCUGCUAAGUAUGCAUUCUUGAUGAUGAUGAUGGAAGACAUUAUGGUCGUUUACCGAGCAGAGACCACUCUACUUAUACAUAGGUUUAUGACCGCGCGCAGCGGAUCGACCAAAAGGAGAAUUUUAGACCACGCCAGACGUUUCAGUUUGCUAAAAAAAAUUCCAGAUCAGAUAAAACACCUAGAUCGUCUAGUUAAACUUUCCAAUGUAGAUUGUAUUGCUAAUCUUCGUAUGGACGUGAAUACCUUCGGUAGACUUUGUCAAAUUCUGUCACAAAGGGGUGGGCUGAUAACUGGGAAGUCCCUACCCGUUGAGGAACAAGUAGCAAUAUUACUCAGGGUUCUGGCACACCACAACAAAAAUCGGGUAGUCAAAUUCAAGUUUAGGCGAUCAGGUGCAACUGUGUCAUAUUACAUGCAAAAGGUACUUUGUGCCAUUUUGAGCUUACAUGAUGAGCUGCUAAAGAAACCCAUACCAGUAACAGCCGACUGCACAGAUAACAGAUGGAGGUGGUUCGAGGGUUGCCUUGGUGCAUUGGACGGGACACAUAUCGAUGUGUUGGUCAGUAAUGAGGACAAACCAAGAUAUCGGACGCGAAAAGGGCAUAUUGCUACAAAUACCCUAGCUGUUUGUGACCGCCAAAUGCAAUUCGUGUAUUUGUUACCGGGAUGGGAAGGUUCAGCAGGCGACUCACGUGUUCUCAAAGACGCUGUUUCAGCAGAGAAAGGCUUCAAGGUCCCUCAAGGUUGUUAUUACUUGUGUGAUAAUGGGUAUGCUAAUAGCAAUGGUUUUCUGACGCCGUAUAGGGGUGUCCGGUAUCAUCUCAAGGAAUGGGGACCGGGCACAGAUACUCCUCAAAACCCCAAGGAAUUAUUUAACAUGCGACACACUAAGGCUCGUAACAUAAUUGAGCGUGCUUUUGCUGUCUUGAAAAUGCGGUGGGGUAUUCUUCGAAGUGCAUCAUACUACCCGAUCCGCACUCAAAUUCGGCUUAUAAUGGCAUGCUUUUUACUGCACAACUUCAUUCGUGGGGAAAUGAGAACUGACCCAAUUGAGGUCGAACUAGACGGUCAGCCCACGGCGCCAACCACUGAAGAAGAACAUGUUGCACGGGAAUAUAUUGACUAUGUUGAGCCAUCGCCGGAAUGGACUCAGAUGCGGGAUGCCAUAGCAAUGAAUAUGUGGAAUAACCGAUAGAGAGUGUUGUUUGUUUUUGAAUGUAUUCUGCAUGUUUGUGAUCCACUAUGUUAAACGUACCGAAUUUGAAAUUCUGACUGACUCUGUAUUUUCUGAUAUGUAUUGUGAUUGAACUUGUGACACUACUCUGUGUUUGUUUAUGCAUUAUUAUUACUUAUUAGUCAACCCAUCUUGCAGCAUCAUGUAUCAUGCCGGUGAAACCCCUGAAUGCUGCUGCGGGGAGGGUAAGAUGAAGCUACUGAAAGAGGGGAAGAACGCAAUACAUGCUGGGAGGUGGUACUUAAACUAUCAUUUUGUCAUCCAAAAAAUCUAACAGUAUCAUUUUAAAACAAAAAUAUCAUUUUAUCAUCCAAAAACUAUCAUUUUAUCCGCUCAAACUAUCAUUUUAUGAUGCAAAAGUA